AUGGGCCAAGACGUCAGCCAAAUUCCCAACAUCUCCAUCGGUGACUACACUCUCGAGGUGGUAGACACUUUCACUUACCUGGGUUCCAUCAUCGCCAGCAACCUCUCUUUAGACGCUGAGCUGAACUCAAGGAUCGACAAGGCAGCAACGGUAAUGGCCCUUCUGGUCAGAAGGGUCUGGGACAACUCCAUGCUGACCAUCAAAACCAAGAUGAAGGUCAGUCAAGCUUGCGUGCUCAGCACACUGCUCUACAGCAGCGAAACAUGGACCUUGUACUCUCACCAAGGGAGCAGACUUAAUGCCUUCCACCCGAGUUGUCUCAUACAGAUCCUGGGCAUCACCUUGCAUAAUCAUGUCCCAAACAAGAACGUUCUAGCACAAACAAGAAUACCCAGUAUGCUUGCCUUGCUCGCCCAGAGACGCUUGCGCUGGCUUGGUCAUUUAAGCCGCAUGGAAGAUGGUCGAAUUCCUAAGGAAAUGCUGUAUGGAGAGCUUGCUACUGGCUACUCAGCAGCAUUCCUGAACGAAUACAGCACUAACAAAGUCACAUGCUGGACAAGUGGCCAGGCUGGCCGAGUUUGUACUGUCACAGCCUCAAGCAUGCUAUGCUGCUUUCACAUUCAGCCUGAAACACCGCUGGACCUAUUUCCUUAG